UGGGGUGAAUAGUUUUCAAGAAACCCAAACCAGUUCAUUAAAAAGUCCCCGCUAAGUGUACCCAGCUGUAUUUCUCAAGCAGGUGCGCAUUUUAAGAAAACCGUGCGCACCUGGAGCAAGGUUAGAUCCAAGAGGAAGCGUCUCUGCAAAUGACAAUAGGACCAGUUUGGCGCGCAUCUCUAAAUUUGUACACUCGUUGAUCAGUACUGAGGGUGGAGUCCAAUGGAAGACGACGCAGCAGAGCGAUCGUGCUUUGUAAUCGGUUUGAUUGAGAAUAGAGCAAAGGGGGUUGGAGUGGCUGCCUUUGACUUGAGGUCAGCUUCGCUCCAUCUGUCUCAAUACAUUGAAACUAGCAGUUCAUAUCAGAACACAAAGACAUUACUGCAAUUUUAUGACCCAAUGGUGAUUGUUGUUCCACCUAAUAAGUUUGCGCCUGAUGGUAUGGUUGGAGUCUCGAUACUAGUGGACAGAUUUUAUUCAUCGAUUAAGAAGGUCGUAAUGGCUCGUGGUUGCUUUGACGACACCAAGGGAGCUGUGCUGGUUAAAAAUAUAGCAGCCAAGGAACCAUCGGCACUCAGUUUGGAUACUUACUACAAGCAAUAUUAUCUCUGCUUGGCUGCAGCUUCUGCAACUAUCAAGUGGACUGAAGCAGAGAAAGGCGUCAUCAUUACAAACCACUCGUUGUUGGUUACUUUUAACGGAUCAUUUGACCACAUGAAUAUUGAUGCCACUAGCGUCCAGAACUUGGAAAUUAUUGAUACGCUGCAUUCUGCUCUAUGGGGAACAAGCAACAAAAAGAGAAGUCUAUUCCACAUGCUGAAGACAACAAGAACUGUUGGAGGGACUAGACUUCUCCGGGCCAAUCUUUUGCAGCCGCUAAAAGAUAUUGAAACUAUCAAUGCUCGACUUGAUUGCUUGGAUGAAUUGAUGAGCAAUGAGCAACUAUUCUUCGGUCUCUCCCAGGUUCUUCGUAAGUUUCCGAAAGAAACCGAUAGGGUCCUUUGUCAUUUUUGCUUCAAGCCAAAGAAAGUUACGAAUGAGGUCUUGGGCAUUGAUAAUGCUAGAAAGAGCCAAAUUUUGAUUUCAAGUGUUAUUCUCCUUAAAACUGCUCUGGAUGCAUUGCCGCUAUUGUCAAAGGUGCUCAAGGAUGCAAACAGUUUUCUUCUUGGAAAUGUUUACAUAUCAGUAUGCAAGAAUGAUAAAUAUGCUUCAAUAAGAAAAAGAAUUGGAGAAGUUAUUGAUGAAGAUGUGCUUCAUGCACGGGUUCCUUUUGUUGCGCAAACACAACAGUGUUUUGCUGUUAAGGCUGGAAUAGAUGGACUACUUGAUAUUUCAAGGAGGUCAUUUUGUGACACCAGUGAAGCUAUACACAACCUUGCAAACAAAUAUCGUGAAGAUUUCAAGUUUCCAAAUUUGAAAAUCCCGUUUAACAAGAGGCAGGGAUUUUACUUUAGCAUUCCACAUAAGGACAUAAAAGGAAAGCUUCCAAGCAAGUUUAUUCAGGUUAUGAAACACGGGAACAAUGUGCACUGUUCAACUCUGGAACUUGCUUCAGUGAGUUUUGCUACAACCAAUUAUCAUGUCCUUCAUACACAGUUUUUAGUCUAUGGACUGCAAAUGGAACUACUCAGAAUCUGGGACUACAAAAAUUCACAAUUAAAUGUGAGGAACAAGUCUGCUGCUGCUGAAUGCUAUAUACGGACAGAACUUUGUCUGGAAGCCCUAGUGGAUGCCAUACGGGAGGAUGUCUCUAUGCUUACCCUGCUCGCUGAGGUCCUAUGCCUUCUAGAUAUGAUUGUGAACUCAUUUGCUCAUACCAUAACCACUAAGGCUGUUGAUCAAUAUAUUAGGCCUCAAUUUACAGAUAAUGGCCCAUUGGCAAUUGAUGCUGGGAGACACCCUAUCCUCGAAAGCAUACACAAUGACUUCAUUCCCAACAAUACCUUCCUUUCAGAAGCGUCAAACAUGAUAAUUGUCAUGGGCCCAAACAUGUGUGGGAAAAGUACUUAUCUUCAACAGGUGUGUCUGAUAGUCAUCCUCGCUCAGAUUGGUUGUUAUAUUCCUGCCCAGUACGGGACUAUAAGGGUAGUUGAUCAUAUAUUUACAAGGAUGGGAGCUGUGGACAAUCUUGAGUCGAACUCUAGCACGUUUAUGACAGAGAUGAAAGAGACGGCCUUUAUAAUGCAGAAUGUCUCUCAAAGGAGUCUGAUCGUUAUGGAUGAACUGGGAAGGGCUACUUCUUCAUCUGAUGGAUUUGCAAUUGCAUGGAGCUGCUGUGAGCAUCUUUUACCACUCAAAGCGUAUACCAUAUUUGCCACUCACAUGGAAAACCUAUCAGAAUUAGCUACCAUCUACCCCAAUGCCAAAAUUCUUCACUUUCAUGUUGAUGUCAAAAGCAAUCGGUUGGAUUUCAAGUUUCAACUCAUGGACGGACCGCGACGUGUACCGCACUAUGGUCUUCUGUUAGCAGGAGUGGCUGGUCUACUGAGCUCAGUAGUUGAAACAGCCAGAAGCAUCACAGCAAGGAUUACAGAAAAGGAAGUUAAGAGAAUGGAAGUAAACUGCAUGCAGUAUCGUGAUAUCCAGAUGGUCUACCGUGCUGCUCAACGGCUGAUAUGCUUGAAAUACUCCAGCCAAGACGAAGAUUCAAUCAGAGAAGCACUGCAGAAUCUUAAAGAGAGCUAUAUAAAUGGAAGCCUUUAAGGGGUCGGCAACAACCUAUUACCAGUAUCAUCUUGUGCUAAAUGUAUAAAGCUUUGCGAAUGACAAUAUGAAUGUAUUUCUAGAGUUGCCAUUUGGAAGUGAUUUCUGCGAGAUGGUGUUGGCGUUUGCUGCCAUCUGCUAAAAAGGGCAGGGAGGAAUUAAGAGAGAGACGGGAUA